AUGAGGGUGGUGUUGUCCGUGAACUUGAUCAGCUUCACGGAGUCGUGGCUGGAGGUGCAGUGGGAGGAGGUGCAGUGGGAGGAGGUGCAGUGGUUGGAGGUGCAGAGGAGGUGCAGAGGAGUGAAUGAGAUGCACACAGUGGCCGCUGAUACACGGUCCCCGGGGGCCGCUGGACUACAGCACUCGCUCGGGACCAGCGGGACCCGGCUCUUCACUCACGACAUGUACUUGUGUGUGUGCGGAGGCUGCUCAGGAGAGACCGGUUUCUCCAGUGGAGCCUGCGCAGGAGUACAGCGUACACUGUCCACUGGUCGAGGCUCCUGGACGACUUGA